CAGGUUUAUGUUUGAAACAGAAAGACGGAGAGACAGGCAGACAGACAGACAGCAUCAGAGGCUGCACUUGUUCACACGUGAACUUCUCCUGCGGAUUAUUUUCUUCUUUCCGAAAUACUUUGUAGGAAGUACUUAAAGAGUAGAAAGUGAAGUAUUGUCUCUGAAGCAGCGAUGAAGGAGCAGAAACUGGAAGAGGAAGUGAUGAAGGUGAAGGAGCAGAAGCUGGAAGAGGAAGUGAUGAAGGUGAAGGAGCAGAAGCUGGAAGAGGAAGUGAUGAAGAUUCUGGAGGAAGCCCCGAAUGCCAGAAAGGCUCUGCUGGAAAACUACGACAACCUGCUGAACGUGGCCGACUACUGCUACAACAACUACAUACAGUCAGGUGACGGCAGCCUGGCCGCGUUGGAGGAAACAAAGAACUUCACCACACGGUCUCUGGCCAGCGUGGCGUACCAAAUCAGCUGUCUGGCCAGCAGCGUGCUGAGUCUGCUCGAUGCUCAGAACAAUCAGCUGCGUCACAUGGAGUCCUCCAUCAACCUCAUUGGUCAGACGGUGGAGAUGCACAAAGAGAAGGUUUCUCGGAGAGAGAUUGGCGUCUUCACGGCGGUCAGACGCGUCCCGCGCAGCCACAAGAUCCUCCCCCCCCCUCAGCUUCCUGCUGGGACUCAAGCCCGCCCCCCGUACAGCCGCCGGCCAAUCAGCUACCAGCAGCUGGACGGCCUGGGACACGGCAUGAAGGUCUCUGGGAAACAGUCGGAGCGAACAGGAACCAUCCGUAAACACGGCGCCUCCAUCAGGUCCAACAAACCCCCAGAGCCAGUGCAGUGUCCCGUGGCGCCCCCUGUCAGCGGCUCUAGUUUUGGGAAACCUGUGGCUCCGCCCACCAUCCCCUCCACCUACCAGGCUCCACCUGAGAGUGACAUCAUCAGCACGCUGCCGCUCGACGCCCUGCCCCCUCCUCCUCUCCAUCAUGAUGAUGUCACUGACGCCCCGGCCCCGCCCCCUCCACCUCCUGAUUUACCCGGAGAGAUGUCGGCCUUGCCCCCCCCUCCGCCUCCCCCUCCUCCUUCAAUGACCAAUCACAGCGUAGCACCACCACCGGCUCCACCCCUAAGCCUAGAGACAGUGGUGGAGGAGAGCAGCUUCCCCCCUCCCUCUCCUCCCCCCCCUCCUCCCUCUGAUGAUGACGGCUUCCCUCCGCUGCCCAAUGAGCUGCCAGCCCCGCCCCCUCCGCCUCCACCCAGCCAGGAAGUAGAUGUGACCCUCCCGUCCAGGAGGAGUCGCCACCGCCGCUCGCCGCCCACUACUCGCUCUCUGUCUCUGAGAGUCCGUUCUGGCCCUGCCUCCCGCUGCCGCUACACGCGCUCUCUCUUCCUGCCUACUGUCCAAUCAUUGAUGAUCCCCCCUCCUCCCCCCUACCCUCCCCCCAACGCUCCUCCUCCCUCCUUCCCUUUGCUCCCGCGCUCCUCUUCUUCCUCACAUCGACUCUGCUUACCUGCUCGCCUUCAACACCUGGAUCUGGAGCUCCCAGCCAUGCCCCCUCCUCUCCUAUUAGACGAUCUCGGAGGGUUUGAUGACCUCAUGCCUCCCCUCCCUCCACCGGCAGACUACGACACGGACGAGCCCCCACAAUACCUUGAGAAAGUGGCGGCGCUGUACAGCUACGAGGCGUCCAAACCAGACGACCUGUCGCUCACCCCCGGCGACGUCAUCUACCUGACGCAUCGCCACGCUGACGGCUGGUGCGAGGGGGUUCUCCACGGCAACCGGGGCUUCUUCCCCGAGAACUACGUUCAAUCAUGUGGCUGAAGACUGAAGCCCCGCCCUCCACAACAGGAAACACAGGAAGUCUUUUAGGAACGUUUAGUUACAUAUAUAAUAUAAUAAUAUAAUAUAAACAUAUAUAUAUAUAUAUAUAUAUACACAGAGAGAGAGAGUUAAUUAAUGAUAAUAAAAAUUAUCAAACGUUUAAAAAAUUGUAAAAAAAAUCAACAUUUUAAAAAGUUUUCUUCAAUUUAAAAUGCCGAUUUCACUUUUAGAAGAAAAAAAAAUAAAAUAGAGUUUCAGUCCAACACAAUAUGUUGAAGAGUUGUGUUUGCGUUUAUAUUUUAAGUAUAAAAGUUUAUUUUAAAGAGAGUUAUUUCUUAAAGAAAGUGUAACAAACUGAUGUUAUGUAUUUAUAUAUGUGUGUUUAUAUAUAAAUACAGAAUAAAAGAGUUAAUAACAGAGUAACAACAGAGUUAAUCUCACUUUAACCCUCCGAGAUUAAAAGACCAAACUCAGACUCAAAGUGAUAUUACAACAUUUCAUUUCAGACAUUUAUUUAUUAUUUUAAUCAUAUAUGACAUAAAGACUUUGGUAAAACAAUUUGUACAACACAUCAUAAAUUAAGGUUUUAUAAGUGGUUUAAUAAUCUAUUCUGGGCCUUUUCACAAGUUUGUCAUCCUUUUUUUCAACGUUUUUGUCACAUUUCUGGAGUUCUUUUUUUAUUUUUUAUUUUAAGUUUUUUCAACGUUUGUCUCCUUUUUUUCGAGUUUUGUUUCCGGACAUAUUUGUUGACGUUUUUGUCGCCUUUCUGGAGAUUUUUUUGCAUUUUUUUAGAGGGUUUUUUUUACCCCGAAAAAAACGUUUUUGUCUCAUUUUGUUGAUGUUUUUGUCUCUUUUGUCAACACAUGCAGACGUGCUUCGGGACGUCCAGAGAUAGUUGGAGAUGUUACCCCCUCCCCAUGUUGAACCCAAAGUUACGUCACUGAACAGAAAGCUGGUCUGAACAUUUAGGUUUGAAACACACAAAGAUUAAUUUUAUAUCUUAAAGGAGACCAUCAGACCUCAGACGGUUAAGUCCUGUUAAAGAAUAAAAGAUCAUUUAAUAAAAUUAUUCUUUAAAUUAAAAAUUACAAAAUGAAUAACUUUCAGAUCCUCAGAUUUUAAAUAUUUAAUAAAAUCUUCUUUUAUAUGUUUCUUAAAUGUUUGUACACACACAUUUAAGAAACAUAUAAAAAAAGAUUAUAUAUAUAUAUAUAUAUAUAUAUAUA